GGGCGCUGGCGGCGGGGGCGGGGCCGGGGCGGGGCCAGACCUGCGCCGGGGCAAGCAAGAUGGCGGCCAUGGAGGCCGAGACGGCACCGCUCACCCUAGAAUCGCUGCCCACCGAUCCUUUGCUCCUCAUCUUGUCCUUCCUGGACUACCGGGACCUAAUCAACUGUUGCUAUGUCAGUCGAAGACUAAGCCAGCUCUCAAGUCAUGAUCCCCUGUGGAGAAGACACUGCAAAAAAUACUGGCUGAUAUCUGAGGAAGAGAAAGCACAGAAGCACCAGUGCUGGAAAUCUCUCUUCAUCGACACUUACUCUGACGUGGGGAGAUACAUCGACCACUACGCUGCUAUUAAAAAGGCCUGGGAUGAUCUCAAGCAGUACCUGGAGCCCAGGUGUCCCCGGAUGGUUUUGUCUCUGAAAGAGGGCGCUCGAGAGGAAGAUCUGGACGCUGUGGAAGCUCAGAUUGGCUGCAAGCUUCCCAAUGACUACCGGUGUUCCUAUCGGAUCCACAACGGGCAGAAGCUAGUGGUGCCUGGGUUGUUGGGAAGUAUGGCACUGUCCAACCACUAUCGCUCGGAAGAUCUGCUAGACGUUGACACAGCUGCUGGGGGCUUCCAGCAGAGACAGGGCCUUAAGUACUGCCUGCCUUUAACUUUCUGCAUACACACUGGUUUGAGCCAAUACAUAGCAGUGGAAGCUGCAGAGGGCCGGAACAAGAAUGAAGUUUUCUAUCAGUGCCCAGACCAAAUGGCUCGGAAUCCAGCCGCUAUUGACAUGUUUAUCAUAGGUGCUACUUUCACAGACUGGUUUACUUCUUACGUCAACAAUGUCGUGUCAGGCGGCUUCCCCAUCAUCAGAGACCAAAUUUUCAGAUAUAUUCAUGAUCCGGAAUGUGUAGCAACAACGGGGGAUAUCACAGUGUCAGUGUCCACGUCGUUCCUGCCAGAACUCAGCUCUGUGCAUCCGCCGCACUACUUCUUCACGUACCGGAUCAGAAUUGAAAUGUCAAAGGACGCACUGCCUGAGAAAGCUUGUCAGCUGGACAGUCGUUACUGGAGAAUAACAAAUGCCAAAGGGGAUGUGGAGGAAGUCCAGGGGCCUGGAGUAGUUGGUGAAUUUCCGAUCAUCAGCCCAGGUCGGGUAUAUGAAUACACAAGCUGUACCACGUUCUCGACAACGUCAGGAUACAUGGAGGGAUAUUACACCUUCCAUUUUCUUUAUUUUAAAGACAAGAUCUUUAAUGUUGCCAUCCCCCGAUUCCAUAUGGCAUGUCCGACAUUCAGGGUUUCCGUAGCUCGCCUGGAAAUGGGUCCUGAUGAAUAUGAAGAGAUGGAAGAAGAGGAGGAGGGAGAGGAGGAAGAAGACGAUGACGAUUCAGCUGACGUGGAUGAGUCAGAAGAUGAUGAGGAGGAGAGACAGAGGAGAGUGUUCGACGUUCCCAUCCGCAGACGCCGCUGUUCGCGCCUCUUUUAGCCAGCCCUGUGCCCACAGAGGCACUGGGUGGUCUCGUCACACCUCAGGCGUGCUCAGCAUGUAGCAGGGACACCGCCCGGGCCUGGGUUCCAGGCCACGCUGCAGUGGGCACUGCAUCGCUCUGGUUUGCUCUGUGUUUUUGAGGUAGAAGAGGAAAUAGGAUUUUUUUCUGCCUCUUUCAGAGUUCGUGGGAGAGUAGUUCUCUAGCCAACGGACACACAGUUCUUUAUUUUUCAGAUAUUUUAUAUUUACGGAAGUACGGAAGUGGGGAGGAAAUUGUUUUUGAAUAUAGAUUUGCGAUGUAGCAGAAAUACCUAUACAAGGAUAGAGAAGAGUUGAUGAAUGAGAGAAUCUGUGAUAAGACUUCUUACAGUUGUAAGUUAUUUGGAAAUGAACAAAAUUUGUAAUUAGGCUCAUCCAUUCUAGCAAAUAACAUUUUGUAUUCAUAGGGAGCUGAUCAAAUAACUUACAUGCUAGUGGUGUGUCCUUUAGACAAUCCUUGAAUUUAAAGUCUCUCACUAAGACCUUGAAUUUAAAGUUUUCAUCACCACAAUCUUGAGUUUAAAGUCCUUUAUCAGAUUAUUCAAAAAUGCAUUUUUGAGAUGCAGUGUUAAAGUAUGUAGUAUGUUGUUUAUUAACAAAAGACUUCAUGAUGUCUCCUGUAGUCUAGAUGUGUAAAUACUAUUUCUGUCUUGUUUCUCUUUUCUACACUUGACUUUGUGACAAGUGAAUGAAUUUUAUGUAGGAUUGAAUGUUUUCCUGAAACAUGGAUUUUUUUUUCAUAUUUAUAUAAUUGAGAGUUUGGAAUGAAAUCCUUAAAGUGUCAAAAGUUCAACAUUUUAAAAGUUCUGAUCCUGUAUUUUAUAUGAUUGCCUAUUUUCCAUAAACUAAUAUUAUCAUUACGCUUAAAAGACAGAAGGUAGAACUGAUACUCAUUGUCUUGUUGCCGUCCUGCGGCAGAUCUGCCUCAGGUCAUCUCCUGGCUGACUGGCCUGCUCGUCCCUCCUGGGGGCUCCACUCUUGUGUAAAGAAACCUGGAGGAGGAGGAAGCGGGAUUCAGGGUUGUGGAGCACCGUCGUGCCCUGCAUGAUGGUGUUUCAGUUGACCUUGACCACAUACACACUGGAGGAUGGCAGCUACCUGAUACAGCUCAUGUUGACCUUCCUUGUCUCUAGGCUGCGUCCUUUGUCCGUGUGCUUGACUUAGCCCAGAGUUUCAUCAGCACCACUAAUUGUACAAAACCCAAUGUUACUAUUUCCAGUAAGAAGUCAUGGUGAGCAGCUAACCUAGAAAUGGGAUUCAAGGCUAUUAAUGGAUGGGGCUUGUCACCUGUCAGGCGCGACUAUUGUCCCCUCGUCAUGAUUUUGAAGAACCAGAACCAAGUGCCGGGAGCUGUGGAAGGAUCUGCUUCAUAGGAGGCAGUAAGAUGAGCAAGAACUCCGGAAGGGCCUGCCUCUAACAGAGGGAUCUGGAGACUGAAGGCCACAUAGACGGACUCCCUCUCAGCACCGUGACAGUCAUGGCCAAAACAAAGCCAAGACUAGACCUGACAGCCAUAUUAAAUUUACCACUGGCUCUGGGUAG